UAUGAACCUUCAGAGUCGCCGUACUUUCGGUUUCUGUUACGCAUGCGUGUGGCUGUAGCAUUGCUAAGGUAGCAGCAUUUGUUUUUAAACAUGUCGGAGAAAGCAGGAGAAGUGGAUUUAACUGGUGCCAAGCAGAACACUGGUGUGUGGCUUGUAAAGGUGCCCAAGUACCUCUCUGUGCAAUGGGCAAAAGCGACCGGCAGAGGAGAUGUCGGGAAACUGCGAAUCUGCAAGAAAGGAAAUCAAGGAAAACCAGAGGUGUCCUUUACUUUAAAUGAAGAGCUGACUGUGAUUGACGGUUUAGAGGAUAAGACGGUGUCUGCACCUCGCGAUCAUCCGUUCACCAUGCAGUCAGUGGGGGGGCAGACGCUGGCGGUCUUCACAGAGAAUUCUUCAGGCCAGUCAGAAGAAAGAUCUGAUGGCAGCAGCUCAGUUUCGGGGGCGGGGGCAGGUCCAGAUAAAAUAGCCUUGGAGGGAGUGGUGGUGCAGAGAGCAGAGUGUAGAACUGCUGUGAGUGAAAACUAUAUGAAGCUGAAGAGGUUACAACUUGAAGAGUUGGCCAAGCCAGUCAGGCUGUCCCAGCAGUUGGAGAAAGCAGUCACCAGCAACUACAAACCUGUGGCCAACCAUACCUACAAUCUUGAGUAUGACCGGAAAAAGAAGGAAGAGGGCAAGAGGGCCAGACUGGACAAACAGCAGGUGUUGGACAUGUUGUUUUCUGCUUUUGAAAAGCAUCAGUUCUACAACAUCAAAGACCUGGUGGAUAUCACCAAACAGCCUGUGACUUACUUGAAGGAAAUCUUGCGUGACAUUGGCGUUUACAACGUGAAGGGAACACACAAGAAUACCUGGGAGCUCAAACCAGAAUACCGACAUUAUCAAGACGAUGAAAAGACUGACGAAUAGUUUCUGACCCUCCCAAGGCCGAUGCACCACGGUUUUAUUUCCCAGACGAGGCCUUGGCUGGACCUUGGUGUUCUCUCCUAAUUUUUCUCCCAUCAAGUCUCAGAACACACUGGAUGCUGUGAUCCUGCAAAGUUAAUGUUUUACAGGAAGAGGUUGUAUCUUGGUAUUAUAUAGGAGACUAGAAGGGGCAUUUGGAUGUUUGAGCGUCUCUUCCUGAUGUAGUUUGUGUCACAGCUCCAGCACACCCUUGAGGUAAUGGCCUCUGAUAUUUUAUGAAGCAAGAAAUGAAUUUAACUGGUUAGCAAGUUUACAAUGUUACAAAACUAUUUAAAGGUAAGAGGUUUAUAAGAAAAGGAUGUGACUGAUUCUUUUUCUAGACAUUUUGAGUUAAAUAUUUUUAAAAGAUUGCUGUUAUUCUACAUUUGUGCUUGAGGUCUUUGCCUGUCUUAUCUGUAAUUUUAAAGUUUUACAUUUGACAAAUAAAAUAAAUGUGUUUUAAU